GCUCUCCCUAGCUCUCUCACCUCCCGUUCCGGCCGGCCAGUACUGUCCGGUACCGGCCCUCUCUCUCUCUCUCUCUCUCUCUCUCUCUAGCUCUCUCUCUCUCUCAGCUCUCGCCACUGUCCCCCGCCACUGCACAGCCCUCGCGUCCGUUCAAGGUACACGUACAAGCUUGCACUACAAAAAUCACUGUAUUGAUGGACCAGGGACGCCAUCCUUAUGCAUAUCGGGCACCUCGCCCACCCGUGCCCCCCAUGACCACGCCCACUGAUUCGACGCCAGUAUAUACUGCGGCGUGGCCACCCCACCCAGACGGGGCUUAUAGACCAUUGUUGCCGGGUAUGGUGGCCGUGCCCACGUCAGAUCACGGGCAGACCAGCACAGCUGGAGUUGGCAGCUCUCCAUUGUCGGAGCCGCCGACAUUAUCUCAGUUAGGGUUCACCCAACCGGGUAACGCCUAUCGAUGGUGGGUGCAAGAGGGGGUGGGGUCACAGGGUUAUGCGCCGUACUUUCCGUAUACGUAUAGUCGACCUAUGACGUGUAACCCUGAUAGUGAGACGCAGGAUUGUAGAUUUCCACUGUCACAGACCGGGGAGAUGCAGAUGCCGGCUGUGGGGUUGGGACAGAUACCGGCACAGGCGGCGAUGCAGGGCCAGAUUUUGGGGCCGAGACAGAUGCCAGCAUCGGGGGCGAGUCAGGGCCCGGGGCAAGUAGAGAGGCAGAUGCCGUUACCUGGUGAGAGCCAGAUGCCGCUUUCCGGUGAGAGUCAGAUGCCGCUUUCCGGUGAGAGUCAGAUGCCAGAUGUGGGGGGGAGCCAGACUACCCAUGAGGAGGACGUUGCGAUGUUGGGUACCGAUCAGUUGGCCCCCGGUAGCCCCCAGGGUAUGGAUUCAGAUGAUGAUCAGCAUCCUCCACCAGCCGGAGAGGUUGGCGAGGAGGUUGCAGGCGACCCAGCGACGCAGCACAUAGGGACUGGGCAGAUUCGGUUGAUGGGGUACAACCCAGACGGGACCAUUUAUUAUGAGGUGAUUGACGACCCAGCGAGAAACUGGGUGCUCCCGAGGGGGAAGAAGGUUGUAUUGCAGUACAAUGCUGCUAUACAACCUGUAGGACGAGCCUGCAAUCGUUUUCGGCGGGAAGUGGGCAAGAUGAUCAGGAGUGGGUCCUACAUACACAUGCGGGACGAAUGGGCGAGGGUAAAUAGGCAGAUUAAGCAGGCAAUGUGGAACGCACUGAUGGAGGAGUUCUAUCUACCUGUAUCAGUUGACAUGCGCAGGGCACAACAGGAGGCGUGGAAUGAUAUUGGACGUAAGCACCGCUCGUGGAAGUCGAGGUUCAAAACCCAACUAGGAAUUGGAGACGGUGACACGCCCGAGAGUAUCCGUGCGAGAAUGCCGGAGAAAUUUUUUGAGCAGUAUGAUGCAGAAGAUGUAGAAUUCCUGCUGAGAGAUUGGUGCAGAGAGCAUAAAAUCGCAACCUCUGAACGGAUGAAGAGGUUGCGGGAGCGGAAUGACCUACCCCAUUGUGCGGGAUCUAAAAGUUAUGCCAGAUUUAAUCACGAGGAGGCAUGUACAUCUGGCACGCCCCCCACUCGCGCCGCGUCGUUCGUGAAGACCCACACAAAGAAGGACGGCACUUUCCUGAACGACCGUACACGGGUCUUAUGCGAGAGGAUGACGCAGAGUUUAGCCAGUGAUCCAGCCGCCACGCAAAGCGUCUCCGCAGACACGGUGCGUUGGGCACCGAACGACGCUUACGAACAGGCGAUUGGGAGGCCUGAGUAUGCAGGGAGGGUUCGGCAGGUUGGCCCGAACGUCACACCUGUUCGAGGGACAUGUUUUUCAUAUAGGCCUCGGUCACAGGGGGGACCAUCUCAGGGGACGUCUCGGGAUUGGGCCGAACAGUCUCGGAAGAUGGAAGAGAUGCAAGCGGAGCUACAUGCUGAGCGAGCGAGGAAUGACCGUUUGGAGCAGCGCGUGCAACAGUUCGACGGCAUAGAGCAGCGCUUGCGAGAGAUGGAGGUCUUCAUGUCCUCCAUGGCAGUACCAGCACCAUGUGUUGGUAAUCAGUCUUCUCCUGCACACGUAGGUAGUACGUCGUCCGUUGGUAGUGCAUCUGCAGGUAAUUCGACAACGGUUGGUACGUUGUCGCCUGUUGGACGACAGCUGAGCCAGCACUCCACUGUCGCUACACCUUCGCCCGCUACACCAUUCAUUGCGCAGCAAUCGCCGGUGGGCGAGAACACGCCUGGGACGGUACCUCGUGAUUCGCAGAGACGCCUUUCAGAUUUGUAGAUAUUUUGUGUAAUUAUUUUUUGUUCGUAAAUAUUUGCUUGUUAACGAAUAUGUUAUUAAUUAUUUGUUUGUGUAGUAUGAUUUCGUGUUGGUUUUGGGUAAAAUAAAUGCUGCGUUAUUUGU